UUGGUUUUUUUUUUUAUUAUUAUUGUUAUAUCACCCAAAUUUUACAUUAAAACAAAGAUUCCAAGUUCAUUUCAGCUAUUCACAUUUAAAAUCUGGCAACAUGUUGGAUGGCAAACAAUAAGUGAAAGAGUCUAUUUUCUUAUUUUAAUUUGUUUGUGGUAAAUAUUCAAAGUUUACCUCUCUGCUUUGUGUUAAAACUGCAGGUUCAACCAAGCUCUUUUUUCUGGUUUUAUGUAACUUUGAAACAGCAACAAAAAAAUUAAAAUUAUCACAUUUUGAGACACAGAGGUUAUCAGAAAGUCUAUUAAUUUCCUUUUCUGUGACAUUUUUUAAACAUGAAAGAUUUAAAGAUUUAUCCUUAACACUGAACUAAGAAGGCUGUUUUAUGAAUUUUUAGUAAUUCAAAUAAUCCCGUAAAAUAGGACAGUUCGCCUUUCAGAGGCAUUCGCUUUGCGACACCUAGUGGUGACAAGAAGAAAAGCGGCUCUGAAAAAAUCCCAGAGGCGGAAGCGGAAGGUUUGUCCUACACGGCUUACUGUUGGACGUUGCUGUCAUGUCGGCACCCUUGAUAUCUUUACGCAGGUGCUGCCAGCGAGCUGCUGUCCUCCUCGUUGCUAGGCGACAUUGGAGCUCCAGCUCAGCAUCUCCUCCUUCUCUCGUGUCCAGGUCUCUUGACUUCCUCGCCCAGCGAUUCUAUGAUGUAGAAGCGCUCCUAAACUGGAAGUCCCGGUUUGGGAAGGACCAGCUCCGAAAGAAGAACUUUUACUAUGGUUUCACACACAAGCUUUAUGGUCCAGACAUAGCAUCUGCCUAUUAUAUUUUAAAUCAAGGAGGAGGAUUUAGGUUUGUGGGCCAGUCUGAGUGGUUCCGCGCAGACUCACGUGGCAAAUUCAAUUGGGAUUUCCUGAACUACAAGGACACACCUGUGGAAGAAGUAGACAUGAGUCACACCAUCAUCAACUACGUAGGACUGUCUAACCUGGAGAGGCAACGUCUGCGGACUCUAAAGCUCCAAGGCUGUCAUGAGGUGGAUGACUGGUUCCUGGCAGGACUCCACACAUUCCAGGACUCUCUGGAGGAGCUGGACAUUUCUCAAUGUCCAAGGAUAACCGUGGGCGGCCUGGCUGCUCUCAGGAAUCUCAGGUAA